CCAGGGGAGCUAACCCAAGGUCAACCAAGAUGGCGACCUCCAUACGAGUUGGGUCGGCAUGUGUUCGAAAUUUUCUGCGUACAGAUGUUGGAAUAAUUAAACAACACAUUAGACAGCGGUGGAAGUGGAGACAUAGAGGGAAAGGUCCCGAGGAAGCUAAAACAUAUGAUGAACGUGUUACGGCACUGAGCAAAGAGAAACCCAGGGUGAUUAACAUUGGAUUUAAACUACCAACAUCAAAGGAGUUUGACAUUCCUGAAAAGAAGUUGGAAGAUUCAGAAAAGCAGUUAUUGGAUUCAAAAGAUGACGAGACUGUAAUGAAAUCCAUUAAUGACUUAUGGUACGGCAUGGGUUGGAGCAAGAAUAUGCGGGCUGUGGCACAACAUUACGGCGUGUAUCGUGACCUCUUCUAUGAUGCUUACUUCUAUCCACAAUUCCCUCUGAAUGUCUUCUAUGAAUACGACAAUGAAACCGUGACAGCUGUUUACAAUGGAAAUAUUAUUUCUCCAUCAGAGGUAGAAGAACGGCCACAAGUAGAGUAUGACUUCGCUCCUGACAAACUGUACACACUGGCCCUCACUGCUCCUGACAGCCAUCUUCAGAAAAAUGCUGUUGAAUACCUACACUGGCUUGUUGGUAACAUACCUGGUGAUGAUAUUAGUAAAGGGGAAGAACUCUGUUGCUACCUGCCGCCAUUUCCUGUCCGUGGUACAGGUUUCCACAGAUAUGUGUUUGUCCUGUAUGAACAGGAAAAAGAAAUAGACUUUUCUCAGGAGAAAAGACCAGAUAAUUGCAUGUCACUACAGCAGCGAACUUUCCGGACAUCGACGUUCUAUAAAAACCUACAAGAUGAUAUCACACCAGUGUCUAUGGCAUUUUUCCAGAGUGAAUGGGACGAUUCAGUGACUAAAACGUUUUGGAACAAAUUAGAUAUGAAGGAGCCAUCAUUUGAAUUCAUGCAUCCACCACCCUAUCAUCCAAAACAAGAGAAGUUUCCCCAAGCAAAACCCUUCAACCUGUACCUUGACAGAUACCGUGAUGUGAAGGAUAUCAAUGAAGAAGUAUUAAAGGAGAAAUUAAAGACACUAUCACCUCUGUCUCCACCUUCACCCAGACCAAAAUAUCCCAACCUUGUCCAGGAAAAAUAUGCUCCAAGCUGGCUAAGACUUAAAAACAAACACAAGCGUCUUCGGGAAAUGCAAUGGGAAGACCUGAAUUGAAAUACUUUUUUUUUUUACAGUCCAGUAGAGAUUUGUUUUCACGGAUCUUUGAAAUGUAGGAAAACAUUCAUAAUAUUGAAAGAUCUUUUAGCGAUGCAUAUAAUGAUAAUGUUUGUGUUAGAAAUAUUGGGUAAAUGUUAAUGAAAGUUCAGUACUUCAAUAAGAUAAUAAACAAAAGGCUUGAAAGUGGAAAUAUAGAAUGUGUAAUGCAUGUGUGUACGUAUGUGUGUAGUGUAUUAUUUAUGUAAAUAAAUUGAUAUUAGAAUACA